AUGCUAAUAACCUCUCCGCCGAUACCUCAGUUCAAAUCCCUCUCCCUCGUCACCCCAUUCCUCCCCGCCGCCGCUACCCCGUUCGUAAGUCCCUUCAGGCCCGCAACCACCACCACCGCGCCGCGGCCCUCCGUCUCCUUCCCCGUCAUCAGGGCGAUGAGGUCCCUGCAGGGUAAGGUGGUCUGCGCCACCAGCGACAAGACGGUGGCGGUGGAGGUCGUCCGCCUGGCCCCGCAUCCCAAGUACAAGCGCCGCGUGAGGAAGAAGAAGAAGUACCAGGCCCACGACCCGCUGAACCAGUUUAAUGUCGGGGACCUGGUCCAGCUCGAGAAGGGCCGGCCCAUUAGCAAAACCAAGACUUACUGGGCCGUUUCUGUCCCGCCGCGGACCAGACCCAAGCCCAAGGAGGGAGCCGAGCGGGUGCCGCCCAAGGAGCUGGGGAUUCCGUUGGAGUCAGAUAGCUGA